GGCGGUACUCGUGGCCGCCGACGGUGGUGCCGGGCCCUUCCGAGCUCCGAGGGACGCAGGUGCAUGUGGGCUCUACGCUCGCUGCUGCGGGCCGCGGCUGGGGGCACCAUGUCGCAGGGGCCCGCCCGCCGCCAGCGGCCGGCCAAGGACGCGCUGCGGCACCUACGCACGCGGGAGAAGCGUGGUCUGUCGUGGGAGCCCGGGGGCCCGAACACCGUGUACCUGCAGGUGGUGGCGGCCGGCAGCCGGGACGCGGGCGCUGCGCUCUAUGUGUUCUCCGAGUACAACCGGUACCAAGGGAAGGCUGAUGCCCCUGUGGCCCUGGUGGUUCACCUGGCCCCAGAAUCUGUGUUCUUGGACAGUAGAUACCAGCAGUGGAUGGAGAGGGAGAAGGUACUGCUUUCCGCGUGCCCGCCGUGCGGGCUGAAUGUCUCCUCAAAUAUCAGCUCCGGCCCAGGAGGGAGUGGCAGCGGUCAGUGCGGGGCGAUCCAGUGUCAUGGCCAUGGUUGGGGAUGCUGUUCUUACUUGCAAUCCUGAUGAAUUCACAGCCGAGGCCCUGGAGCUCCCCAACUUCCAGGAGAGCGUGCAGGAGUCCAGGAAGAGUGUGCAGGAUGGUCCCACCCCAGCAGUUUGAUUCCUGCCAAAUGCCUUCAGAAAGGGGUUGAGGACACCUGUCCCAUAGUUGAAACACUGAUUAGCUCUCUGUUGGAAACGUGUGAUUUGGAAAAGGUAAAGAGUGUCGUGUGGGUACUGGGGAGGGCAACCUGGACAGAGCCACAGAGCCCUCACCCUGCCCCUGUGUUCCAGACCUGCCUGGUUCAGCACUGCAGGCAUCCAUUCGGCUGUGCGCUGGUGCACACGUAUGGCUAGAAUGUGGUCUAUUCAGGGGACACCAUGCCCUGUGAUGCCCUGGUCCAGAUGGGGAAAGAUGCCACCCGCCUCGUACAUGAAGCCACUUUGGAAGAUGGUUUAGAAGAGGAAGCGGUGGAAAAGACACACAGCACGACUUCCCAGGCUAUUGGAGUGGGGAUACAGAUGAAUGCCAAGUUCAUCAUGCUUAACCACUACAGUCAGCACUACGCCAAGAUCCCCCUCUUCAGCCUCGACUUCAAUGAGAGUCGGAAUCCCCUUUGACCACAUGAAGGUCUGCUUUGGAGACUUUUCCAUGGUGCCCAAGCUGAUCCCUCCGCUCAAAGCCCUGUUUGCCAGCGACCUUGAGGAGAUGGAGGAACACAGGGAGAAGCGGGAGCUACGGCAGCUGCGGGUGGCCCUGCUCUCCAAGGAUGAGCCUCUGAGCUCACAGAGCAAGAAGAGGGUGCCCAGGGAUGAACCUCUAAGCCCACAGAGCAAGAAGGUCAGAGCCCAGUGAGGGAUCAGAGUGACCCGUGUGUGGGCACCAGUGUCUGUUCUCCUGCCAGUCGAAGGCAAAGAGCAGAGCGUGACAAGGACAGCACUCAGGAGUAGACGAGUGAUGCUGUGCCCUGGCUGGGCUCCGGGACGAGGACCCAUCUGCCAGAGACCCCCUGGGACCUGGGGAGCUGCGGGCACGGAGGCUGCUCAGUGUCCACAGCAAGUGUAACUAAUCCCCAUGCCAGUCUGCCUUGGAAACAUCCUACAGAAAUCAGGGCGGCACGCCUCCCCUGCUCCAGUGAAGGUAUGCUCUCUGCACCGAGACCAGCCGUCUGCAUGGGGAGCUGGAAAGGAAGUCUGAAUGUCCAAGACACCCAAACACAAUAAAGAUUCAGUUUGGAA